AUGAAACAGACUGGGACGCAUCUGGCGGUGGCGGUGGAGUCGGCUGUGCAGGUGCACGCUACGCUCCUCAGGCAUUCCAGCAACAGGCUGUACGAGCUGGCUCCGUCGGAUUUCACAGACGACAAGCGGGAAUGCUUCUGGGCACGCAUGGCUCGAGUGCGCUUCCCGCAUGUUGACAACCGAGGGAUGUCGAGCAGGGAGUUUGCCGCCACGCUCGCCCGCAGUAGCGCGGGAGAAGAUCGCGACUUGGACUAUUUGGAGUGCUGGCGGGAGGAUGAAACGAGGGACAUGUACAGGCUGUUGGCGAUGUUCAUCCAUGAUCGGACACCUGAGAUGCACGAAGAACAGAUGGAAAAACUGGCCAAAGAAGAAGAGGAAGAAGAGGAAGUUGGGAGGUAA